CUAUGGCCAACGACUCGUUUUUGUUUUCCGGCAUUCGUUUCGACAGAAAGAAGUUCGGAAACGACAUUGCCAGGUUCGGGAAGAACAAACCCAUUGAUGACGAUACCGCCCUCAAGAUUACAGACCCUGUUGAACUCAAAACUGAGAAAACAAUGGGGGAACAAUUCCAACAGAGACCACCUUCUUCGAAGAAGCGGAAGCGCAAGGGAACCUCUUCCGAUGCGGUUGAAGGAUUCAGUGUAUUUAGAAAUUCUGCUUCUGCGGCGGAUCCUGUGGAUAAAUCGAAUGAUGCAGUGAGAGCUGAUGAUGAGGCCAUUCAGCUGAAGAAGGAACACAAUAGGCAACUUGAGCGAGAUGCUAUAUUCAGGAAGAAGAAUAACAUCCAUGUGGCUGGGUAUAACGUGCCAUCCCCGCUUCAAAGUUUUGAUGAAUUGAAAACUAGAUACAAAUGUCCAAGAUAUUUAUUGCGCAAUAUCACAGAACUUGGAUUCAAAGAACCAACUCCAAUCCAGAGGCAGGCUAUUCCAGUACUUUUGCAGGAUCGGGAAUGCUUUGCUUGUGCUCCAACUGGCUCUGGAAAAACCUUCGCAUUUGUGUGUCCUAUGCUUAUGAAACUCAAGGGGCCAGAAACAGGUGCCAUUCGCGCUGUUAUACUUUGUCAUACGCGUGAAUUAUCUGCUCAAACAUACCGAGAGUGCAAAAAGCUUGCCAAGGGAAAAAAAUUUCGUAUCAAGUUAAUGACUAAACAUCUUUCUAGAAAUGCUGAUUUUUCAAAAUUUCCAUGUGAUAUACUUAUAUCCACGCCACUUCGGUUACGCUUGACUAUCCGGAGGAAGAAGGUUGAUCUCAGCAGAGUUGAGUUUCUUGUAUUGGAUGAGUCCGAUAAGCUGUUUGAGCCUGAACUGUUUAAGCAGAUUGAUUCUAUUAUUAAAGCAUGUUCAAAUCCCUCAAUAAUACGCUCACUAUUCAGUGCCACUUUACCUGAUUUUGUUGAGGAUCGAGCUCGAGAACUCAUGCAUGAUGCUGUUCGGGUAAUUAUUGGCAGAAAGAAUAUGGCUUCUGAAACAAUUAAGCAAAAGUUGAUUUUUACUGGAAGUGAAGAAGGAAAACUUCUAGCAAUUCGUCAAAGCUUUGCAGAGAGUCUUAAUCCUCCAGUAUUGCUCUUUGUGCAAAGCAAGGAGCGAGCCAAGGAGCUGUAUGGUGAACUUGCAUUUGACAAUAUUAGAGUGGAUGUCAUCCAUUCUGAUCUGUCUCAAGAACAGAGGGAAAAUGCUGUUGAUAACUUCAGAGCUGGCAAAACAUGGGUUUUGAUUGCCACUGAUGUAGUUGCUCGGGGCAUGGAUUUCAAAGGUGUGAACUGUGUGAUCAAUUAUGAUUUCCCAGAUUCUGCUGCCGCAUAUAUCCACAGGAUUGGUCGAUCUGGCAGAGCAGGGAGGGCAGGAGAAGCAAUUACUUUGUACACGGAGGAAGACAUUCCAUUCUUGCGGAACGUAGCUAAUUUAAUGGCAGCAUCAGGUUGUGAGGUUCCAUCAUGGCUCAUGGACUUACAAAAAAAGAAGUGGAGAAAGCACCGGCCAAAAAGAGAUUCAAUCUCAACCAAACCAGAUAUAUAAUCAGAUUACCUUUUUUUAAACAAAAAAAAUGACGGAUAUUUAACAGUAGAGGAAUUUACAGGAAUCUUAGGAGUCAUUCCUCGCCUCAAAAAAUAGAGAAAUUUAAAAACGAGACAAGUGAGAGGGUGGGGCGUAAACAUUUUUGUUAAUGGAAGUUCAAACCAUGAUCUUUGUAAACAUUACUAUUUUUGCCUGCAUAUCCAAGUGGAGCCAUGUGUUAUGUUUCUGAAAGGGGAUUUGGAUUUCUGUCCCUUGCCUUGUGAUCUUGGAUAUAUUUUUUUGGGUC